AGCGCCUGCACCUUGCGGUCGACCGUACAUAAGUAUGCAUCGCGGUGGCAGGGUCUUUCCCCGCCCAGGCGAUUUCACCGUCGCAUCUCCCCUUCUCCGCCCCGGAUCCACCGCCCUUUCCCCUCUUCAAGGAUGAAGUUCGCUUCUUUACUCGCAUCCCGACUGGCAACGCGUUCCUCUUCCUUGUCCUUCUGCAGUUCGCAGGAUGAGUGCGCGAGUGUAUCGUCCUCGCAAGGAAUAUGCGCAUCCACGUCCUCAGAGAGCUCUUCAUUGAGUACUCUCGAUAGCCAGUCGUGUGCCUCGGACCCGGGGAGCGCUGAGCUCCCCGUCAUCCGAAGGAACGAGCACCUCGCGGUGUUACUUCCCAAGCACUUAUGGAAGCCUGACGCGCAGGCGUCCCACUGCGAUAUCUUCCUCUGCCGUAAGAAGUUCUCUAUCUGGGAGCGGCGACAUCAUUGUCGCAAGUGUGGUGGUGUCUUCUGCAACGACUGUUCUAGUCGUGCGACCACACUCCUCAACACUUCGAACCUUGAAUUCUUCUUCCCCCCGCAUGACAUCCCCAUCUCCACCUUCGGUUCUCCAACGUCACCGGUUGUCCUCUCCAGGGUGUGUGACCAUUGUUGGGAUCUCGUCCAUGGCGUUAGAACGCCUCGUUCCCCUCCCCUAGGAGCAACAGCUUCCAUCGCCCUUCUUCAGGAUGCCAUCCGAGAGUCGGACUCCUCCGCUUCCUCCAUUAUAGUAUCCGCGCCUUCUACUCCGUCUGAUCGCUUUGCUCCGGUCGCCCGCCCGAAGAUGCGUCGCGCACACACCACGUCUCCACGGAUCCCUUCAUCUCCGCUUCGUUCGCCCGUUCGUUCUUUACAGAACCUCAUCGUCGACGUUAAUGUUGUCGAGCGCAUUGAGAAUGCGCCUCCGGUUUCAGCCGAUUUCAGCGAGCUACUAGCUUAUCCUCUGCGCCACCCGAGCGCGAUUUGCAAAGCCAAUGGAGGCGGUCGUUGGGAGCCGAAACAGGCCAUCAAUCUCAUCGGGCCUCAGAUACCUGGUGAGAAGGCGCCUCAUGAGAUCGAGCUCGAACGCGAGGAGGAGGAACGGAGAAGAUGGAAGGCCAAUCCGGUCAUCAUUGAUGGAGAUUUCAAGCUUCGAGUCCCUCGUGAGCCUGCGCCCCGCUCACCCGGCGGACCCAUACAGUUCGCCACCUUCUGAUCUGCCCUUUGACGACGCCGUCCUAAUUAUCUGUAUAUUAUGCCUAAGUCUGCUCGCCCCGUAUCUGGACGUCACUGCUCGUCGAUACCUGCUCCGGUGUUACCCUGGUGGCCUGCUCUUUGCCUACUGCUGAACGUUCUUGUCGAUACCAUGUGCGCUGGUAUAGUGUACCAUCAUGUCCCAUAAUGAUCCCUGCCUGGCCAUAUUGUCCGCGCCACCUCCCUCCCGUAAUCCCGCUGUUGUUGUUCUAUUAUGUACUUCAUGUGUUGUAGUGCGUGUGUAGAUUGCUACGUAGGGUAUGACAUUUAUGAAAUAGACUCAGCAAUUCAUGUUCACUUCAGUCGUGGCCUUUGAAGUCAUGGCAAUCGUAUCGAUGCAGUGU